AUGGAGCCCUUCAUAGACCUGGAGCUUUCUGUGGACCUGGAGCCCUCUGUGGACCUGGAGCUCUCUGUAGGCCUGGAGCUCUCUGGAGACUUGGAAUUCUCUGUGGACCUGGAGCGCUCUGGAGACUCGGCUGAUGAGGGAAGCUCCUCAGACUGUGAGUGUGUAGCCCUGUCUGACUGCACACACCUGUCUUCAGCUACAACUGCCAUUUGUGAGAUUCCUCAGAGCUUCAUCUUCACAUCGUUUGGUCUUCAUCCGGCUGCAGAUAUGACAAUCAGAACAGCCCGUCCAAACCGGGGACAACAUUUCCGCUCUCGUUUGCACUGCCUCAGAAAGCUGGAGGCGAUUGUGGUGGAGAUGCAGGACCCAAGGGGUGGAGUGAAAGGCUCGGUGCAGAAACUCAAUGUCACCACCAUCCCACAUGCUGUUGUUGGUGAGACAAACUCAAACUCAGAACUCCAGCAGGAAGCUCAGGUCUUUAGCACCAUGUUAGUGGCAUUUGGCUUCAUCUAUCCCCUGCAGAAUCACAAGAAGCUCGUGAUGUGCAAUGACUCCAGCCUCUAUCGCUUCCAGACACCAUACUUCUGGCCAACACAGAAAUGGGUUCCAGAGGACUCUGACUAUGCGAUCUACCUGGCAAAGAGGAACAUUCGUAAGAAAGGCAUGCUUGAGCCCUAUGAACAGGCACAUUACAGCCACCUUCAUGACUGGCUCAACCACAAAUGGGACUUCAUUGUCAUGCAAGCUACGGAACAGUACAAGGCGGGCAGGGACAGGAACAAACCGGAUCGAGUGGUCUUUGACUGCCAGGAGAGGGCUUAUUGGAUAGUGAACAGGCCUCCGUUUUGA